UGAGGAGAGAUUCUUUUAUUUAUUAUCAUUUAAUAUAUUCAAAAAUGUAUUCUGCAUUAUACAUUGUGCUUUUGGUGCCUUCAAUAUUCAUGGGAACGAAUGCUCAUAUUUUGAGUCGUCAAAGAAGAAUCGUUGGGGGAGAGAGUGCAAUACCAGGGGAAUUCCCUUAUUUCGCGUCGCUCAGAGACAUAUUCGGGCAUUUCUGCGGCGGUACAAUAAUCAGUCCUAAACAUGUCCUCACAGCAGCUCAUUGUGUAUCAAAAUCUGGUCCAUCUCGUUUCCACGUCGCCAGCGGAUUAACUUGGAGAGACGAUUCUAAUGCCAUUAUCAGUGAAGUGAGAACGUUUCAAAUUCAUCCGAAUUAUGAGGCAUAUACACCUAGUCGGGGACUCAGGAAUGAUGUCGCCGUUAUUACAUUGAGAAAUAAACUCAGGCUUGAUGGUAUUCGAUUGAGAGCUAUGAGAUUACCCACUAAAGAUUACGUCGAUAGAUCGACUGGCAUUGCCAUUGGUUUGGGAAAGAUAAAUUCAUUUUGGGACGAUGAUUUUAGCAGAGUUCCCAAUCAAAUUCAAAAAUUGCAUUUGAUCAUCGAUGAUGAUGUCUGCCUCAAAUUCGUGACGCAACCAUGGAGAGAUGUGCUAUGUGGGGUUCAUCGAGGAGCAACAAUUUGUGGAGGUGACAGCGGGAGUCCUUUAAUCGUUGGUGACUUUGUUGCGGGCAUUGCAUCAGCUUCGGAUUGUAAAAUUGGAGCUGAAGCGGUGUAUGUCAACGUCUUUCAUUAUAAAAAUUUCAUUGAAAAAGUCAUGAGUACUAUUAAUUAGUCAACCAAUCCAGAUAAAAUUCAAUUAUUUCAUUCACCUAUCUAUUUAUGUAUUUAUAUAUUUAUUAUUGUGGUUCAAUAUG